AGGAAGGAAGAGAAAGAGAAAGGAAGAGAAAGAGGAAGGAAGAGAAGGAAGAGGAAGGAAGAGAAAAGAGGAAGGAAGAGAAAGAGGAGGAAGGAAGAGAAAGAGGAAGGAAGAGAAAGAGGAAGGAAGAGGAAGGAAGAGAAAGAGGAAGGAAGAGAAAGAGGAAGGAAGAGAAAGGAAGAGGAAGGAAGAGAAAGGAAGAGGAAGGAAGAGAAAGGAAGAGGAAGGAAGAGAAAGAGGAAGAGAAGAGGAAGGAAGAGGAAGGAAGAGAAAGAGGAAGGAAGAGAAAGAGGAAGGAAGAGAAAGGAAGAGAAAGAGGAAGGAAGAGAAAGAGGAAGGAAGAGGAAGGAAGAGAAAGAGGAAGGAAGAGAAAGAGAAAGGAAGAGAAAGAGGAAGGAAGAGAAAGAGAAAGGAAGAGAAAGAGAAAGGAAGAGAAAGAGGAAGGAAGAGAAAGAAGAAAGGAAGAGAAAGAGGAAGGAAGAGAAAGAGGAAGAAAGGAAGAGAAAGAGAAAGGAAGAGAAAGAGGAAGGAAGAGAAAGGAAGAGAAAGAGGAAGGAAGAGAAAGAGGAAGGAAGAGAAAGGAAGAGAAAGAGGAAGGAAGAGAAAGGAAGAGAAAGAGGAAGGAAGAGAAAGAGGAAGGAAGAGAAAGAGGAAGAAGAGAAAGAAAGGAAGAGAAAGAGAAAGGAAGAGAAAGAGGAAGGAAGAGAAAGAGGAAGGAAGAGGAAGGAAGAGAAAGAGGAAGGAAGAGAAAGAGAAAGAGAAGAGGAAGGAAGAGAAAGAGAGGAAGGGAAGAGAAGAGAAGAGAGAAGGAAGAGAAAGAGGAAGGAAGAGAGGAAGGAAGAGGAAGGAAGAGAAAGAGGAAGGAAGAGAAAGAGGAAGGAAGAGGAAGGAAGAGGAAGGAAGAGAAAGAGGAAGGAAGAGGAAGAAGAGAAAGGAAGAGAAAGAGAAAGGAAGAGAAAGAGGAAGGAAGAGGAAGGAAGAGAAAGAGGAAGGAAGAGGAAGGAAGAGAAAGAAAAGAGAAAGGAAGAGAAAGAGGAAGGGAAGAGAAAGAGGAGGGAAGAGAAAGAGGAAGGAAGAGAAAGAGGAAGGAAGAGGAAGGAAGAGGAAGGAAGAGAAAGAGGAAGGAAGAGAAAGGAAGAGGAAGGAAGAGAAAGAGGAAGGAAGAGAAAGAGGAAGGAAGAGAAAGAGGAAGGAAGAGGAAGGAAGAGAAAGAGGAAGGAAGAGGAAGGAAGAGAAAGAGGAAGGAAGAGAAAGAGGAAGGAAGAGGAAGGAAGAGGAAGGAAGAGAAAGAGGAAGGAAGAGGAAGAGGAAGGAAGAGAAAGGAAGAGGAAGGAAGAGGAAGAGGAAGGAAGAGAAAGAGGAAGGAAGAGAAAGAGGAAGGAAGAGGAAGAGAAAGGAAGGAAGAGAAAGAGGAAGGAAGAGAAAGAGGAAGGAAGAGAAAGAGGAAGGAAGAGAAAGAGGAAGGAAGAGGAAGAGGAAGGAAGAGAAAGAGAGAGGAAGAGAAAGAGAAAGGAAGAGAAAGAGGAAGGAAGAGAAAGAGGAAGGAAGAGAGAGAGAAAGGAAGAGAGAGAGAGAGGAAGAGAAAGAGAAAGGAAGAGAAAGAGGAAGGAAGAGAAAGAGAAAGGAAGAGAAAGAGGAAGGAAGAGGAAGGAAGAGAGGAAGAGAAAGGAAAGGAAAAGAGAAAGAGAAAGGAAGAGAAAGAGGAAGGAAGAGGAAGGAAGAGAAAGAGGAAGGAAGAGGAAGGAAGAGAAAGAGGAAGGAAGAGAAGAGGAAGGAAGAGAAAGAGGAAGGAAGAGAAAGAGGAAGGAAGAGAAAGAGGAAGGAAGAGAAAGAGGAAGGAAGAGGAAGAGGAAGGAAGAGAAGAGGAAGGAAGAGAAAGGAAGAGGAAGAGGAAGGAAGAAGGAAGAGAAGAGAAGGAAGAGAAAAGAGGAAGGAAGAGAAAGAGGAAGGAAGAGAAAGAGGAAGGAAGAGAAAGAGAAAGGAAGAGAAAGAGAAGAGGAAGAGGAAGAGAAAGGAAGAGAAGAGGAAGGAAGAGAAAGAGGAAGGAAGAGGAAGGAAGAGAAAGAGGAAGAAGAUAAAGAGGAAAGAGGAAGGAAGAGAAAGAGGAAG